ACUCCCCUGUCUCUUGCACUGUGUCCGUACCGGCGUUCCUGCUUCACUGGUUUAGCUUUGUUUUUAUCGUCACUUUGUCCGAUCAUGGCUUCUCACUCCGCUGAAGAACCAUUCCCUUUUCAUGGGUUGCUUCCCAAAAAAGAGACUGGUUCUGCAUCUUUCCUUACAAGAUUUCCCGAGUAUGAUGGAAGGGGUGUCCUUAUCGCCAUACUCGACACCGGUGUGGACCCAGGGGCCCCGGGUAUGCAGACGACAACAGAGGGGAAACCAAAGGUAGUAGACAUUAUUGACACGACAGGCAGCGGAGAUGUCAAUAUGUCGACAGUUGUGGAGCCAAAAGACGAGACGGUGGUGGGUCUGUCGGGGAAGACACUUAAGAUCCCUACUGCGUGGGUUAAUCCAUCUGGAAAGUAUCACAUAGGCAUCAAGAAUGGCUUUGACUUUUUCCCUAAGGCCCUCAAGGAAAGAAUACAGAAAGAACGAAAGGAGAAGAUGUGGGAUCCAGGACACAGAGCUGCUCAGGCAGAAGUUAGCCGCAGGAUAGAGGAGUUUGACCAAGCUCACCCAAACCCUUCACAGAUGGAGAAGCUGCAGAAGGAGGAGCUACAGGCUCAGGCGGAGCUGCUGGCCAUGUUAGAGAAGAAGUACAGCGACCCCGGUCCCGUCUAUGACUGUGUGCUCUGGCACGAUGGGGUCACCUGGAGAGCUGUUGUAGACACGACAGAGAGCGGAGACCUGGCCUCUUGCACGGUGCUGAGCUCCUAUAGAGAAAGACAAGAGUUUGCUACUCUGGGUGAUGCUGAGAUGCUCAACUACUCCGUCAACGUCUAUGAUGAAGGAAACACGCUUUGCAUCGUCACUAGCGGAGGUGCUCACGGGACCCACGUGGCCAGUAUUGCAGCUGGACACUUCCCUGACGAGCCGGAGAGGAACGGCAUCGCUCCAGGCGCCCAGAUCCUCGCCCUGAAGAUCGGGGACACUCGCCUCAGCACCAUGGAAACGGGGACAGGCCUUAUCCGUGCGAUGAUUGAAGUGAUCAACUACAAGUGUGACUUAGUAAACUAUAGUUACGGCGAAGCCACCCAUUGGCCCAACUCAGGGAGGAUCUGCGAGGUGAUCAACGAGGCUGUGCAAAAGCAUAACGUGCUUUUUGUGUCAAGUGCCGGAAACAACGGCCCAUGUCUCUCCACUGUGGGUUGUCCCGGGGGGACUACGAGCUCUGUGAUAGGUGUGGGUGCAUAUGUUACCCCAGACAUGAUGGUGGCCGAGUAUUCGCUAAGGGAAAAGCUGCCGCCCAACCAGUACACAUGGUCUUCUCGGGGGCCCAGCACAGACGGUGCCCUCGGAGUCAGCAUCAGUGCACCAGGUGGCGCUAUUGCUUCCGUGCCCAACUGGACGCUGCGUGGAACCCAACUCAUGAACGGAACCUCUAUGUCUUCUCCAAAUGCCUGUGGUGGCAUUGCGUUGGUGCUGUCAGGUUUGAAGCAGAAUGGUAUUCGCCCCUCAGUUCCCGCAGUGAGACGAUCUUUAGAGAAUACUGCUCUGAAGGUUGACGAUAUCGAGGUGUUCGCACAGGGGCAUGGCAUCAUUCAGGUGGACAAAGCCUUUGACUACCUCAUGCAGCAUGCCUCUCUGCCUACCACCAAUCUGGGCUUCACGGUUUCCGUGGGAGCGCAGCGAGGCAUUUACCUCAGGGACAUCGUCCAGGUGGCCACUCCGUUUGACCACAGCGUGGGUAUCGAACCCGUGUUCCCCGAGAACACAGAAAACUCAGUGCGCAUCUCCCUCCAGCUGCACCUAGCCCUCACGUGCAAUGCAUCAUGGGUACACUGUCCGUCCCACCUGGAGCUGAUGAAUCAGUGUCGCCAUGUCAACGUGCGUGUGGAUCCGCAGGGACUGCGGGAGGGGUUGCACUACACAGAGGUGUGUGGAUAUGACACAACAGCCCCAAGCGCAGGCCCUCUCUUUAGGGUACCCAUCACCGUAAUCAUCCCUGCAAAAGUUCAAAAUGGCCAUAGUCCAGAAAUUUCUUUCACUGAUGUCCACUUCAAGCCGGGCCAGAUCCGCCGGCAUUUCAUCACUGUACCUCAGGGGGCUUCCUGGGCAGAGAUCACGCUAACGUCCCACUCGGGAGACGUGUCGUCUAAGUUUGUGCUGCACGCCGUCCACCUGGUCAAACAGAGGGCCUACCGAGCCAACGAGUUCUACAAGUUCUCCUCUCUGCUGGAGAAGGGCUCUCUGACCGAAGCCUUUCCUGUGUUGCCAGGGAGGACAGUAGAGGUGUGUGUAGCGCGAUGGUGGGCCAGCCUGGGUGAUGUCACAAUAAAUUACACCAUCUCAUUCCACGGGCUGAUGACCACGCCCUCUUCCUUGCACAUACAUGCCUCUGAAGGUAUAUCCUCCUUUGAGGUGACGUCACCGCUGCGCUAUGAAGACAUCUCGCCCAAUAUAACGCUAAAGAACUGGGUCCAGCCUCUUAGACCGACUAGUGCUAAGACUAAAGCUCUGGGUGCUCGAGAUGUUCUGCCCAACAACCGCCAGCUCUACGAGAUUGUUCUCACAUACACUUUUCACCAGCCCAAAAGCGGGGAGGUGACGCCUAGCUGCCCACUGCUCUGUGAGCUGCUGUAUGAAUCGGAGUUCGACAGCCAGCUGUGGAUGCUCUUCGACCAGAACAAGAGACUCGUCGGCUCAGGAGAUGCCUACCCACACCAGUACUCGCUCAAACUGGAGAAGGGCGACUACACCGUGCGGCUGCAGGUGCGUCACGAGCAGGCGUCCGAGCUGGAGCGCCUGAAGGACCUGCCCUUCAUCGUGGCCCACCGCCUGUCCACCACGCUCAGCCUGGACGUCUACGAGAGCCACCGCGCCGCCAUGCUGUCCAAGAAGAAGGCCAACUCCCUCACCCUCUCCCCGGGAGCCUGUCAGCCAUUUUACAUCACCGCCCUGUCCGACGACAAAAUCCCAAAAGGCACCGGUCCCGGCUGCUAUCUGACUGGAUCUUUGGUUGUACCCAAGGGCGAGUACGGAAAGAAAGCAGGCCAGGCCACAGCAAAGCGACAAGGAAAGUUUAAAAAGGAUGUGGUGCCACUCGUCUAUCACCUGAUUUCUGCUCCCAACAAAGCCAAGAAUGGAGGGAAGGAGAAAGAGAAGGAAGGAGAGAAAGAGAAGGACGUGAAAGAAGAGUUUUCUGAAGCCCUCAGGGAUAUGAAAAUCCAGUGGAUGACGAAGUUGGACAACAGCGCUAUCUACGACGAGUUGAAAGAGACCUUCACCACCUAUCUGCCACUUCAUGUGCAACGCCUGCACCAGCUGGAUUCAGAGAAGGAGCGAUUGAAACGCCUGGUAGAUAUCGUAGAUGCCGCGGAUGUGGUCGUUUCACACAUUGACCAGACGGCCCUCGCAGUUUACCUUUCAUUGAAGACCGACCCCAGGCCUGAUGCUGCCACCAUCAAGAGCGACAUGGAGAAGCAGAAGUCGUCUCUGCUGGACGCUCUGUGUCGGAAAGGCAGUGCCCUGGCUGACCAGCUGCUUCAGGCUCCGCAGGAGGAAGCAGAAGGAGAAGGAGAAGGAGAAGGAGCCAUCGCUGCCCCGGGCGCUGGCGCUCGCGUAGUGGGCAGCUCUGACGACGGAGCCCAGGAUGUGGGCAAGGCCCUGACCGACACGUUCUGGGAGGUGCAGAAAUGGGCAGACCUCACCGAUUCUAAGGUUUUAAGCUUUUCUUACAAGCAUGCACUUGUGAACAAGAUGUAUGGGAGGGCUUUGAAGUACGCAUCUAAGAUCGUCGAGGACAGACCCAGCAAAGACAACUGGAAGAACUGUGCUCAGCUGAUGCGGUCAUUGGAUUGGAUGCAUUGUGCCAACUUUACUGACAGCUGGCUUCCCAUCAUGUACCCUUCCGAGUACACACCCUUUUAAGGGGCCUACGAUAAAUGUGUCGUUUUAACUGGCUGCCUAUAGACUGACUGCUUACAUGUUCAAUAUGCAGAAUGCACAGACACAUUUGAAGACAAACAGGCAGACCUCUCACCCUGAUAAAUGCAGUAGAAAUACCAAGUUGGAAUGGAACUUGAGUUCCUAAGUUCUUUUACGGAACACACACAGAAUGAUCUAAUUACUCCUCACAGUAUGUGCACCCCUCAGCGCACUGCACUGUGUUUUUUUUACGAAACGAUUAUUAAAUGCUCGAGCACAUUUAAAGAUAGAGGCAGUGGGCACAUUUCACUGUCAUUUCAAAAGACUAGACUAUUUUUUCUCUGUAAUGCUGAGAAAAAUGUCUUUCUGAAUUUAGCCAAAAAAAAGAAUAAAAAAAACCCGGCACUCUCAGCUGUGGUGUGGUGUGGUGUUCUCUCUGUAUAUGCGAACCAUUUACGAGGGAUAGCCAUUUAGACUGUGUGGGGGAGGCUGAGUGUGCCUGUGGGACAGUCAGGAACAGUUGUCAAUGACGCCUCACAUAAACCUUUCAUCGCAACAUCAACAUAAACAUGUUAUAAACCUGUCAUGGCUUAUCCACACGUGUCAUAAACGUCCAUGGCCCGUAAUAAAACAAUGCCUAGUUAUCGUUGUCUGUGUUUUGUCAUGACAGCUCUCAAAAUAUUUCACAUCAUGAAUAGCAUAGCAUUGCACGCUGUGAGAGCAAUUUCUAAGAAUGGCACCAUGAUACCGUCUCAUUCAGAUCGACUAUCGUAAUGACUAUUGGCUGGUUUAUGGUAUAUGUCAUGACGUGGUUUAACCAAUCCCAACAUGGAGGCCACAAUUGAAACGUCAGCCCAUUCUCUGUUAAAAUAUCUGUAGUUGUGAAUUAUCACAAACAGUUACCAAGGCAAUAUCAAAUGUAAUUAAUCCUUAUUAUUUUCUGACAUUUAUGUAAAAUGUAUGCAUGUUUUGUAACAGUUUUUUUUUUGUUUUGUUUUUUUGUAAAUUCAGAAUAAAUAUGACUGGGCUUUUUAUUCACACAGCUGAGAAAGGCCAGGUUCAGUCUUGUACUUAAUCAAGAGUGAUGCAU